AUGACGCUGUCGCGGUAUCCGUACGAGCGCAUCUCGGCCAUGCUGCGGCGGAAGGAAGAGGAGCUGCUUCUCGACCGCGAGUUUGCCAACGCUGGAGAAACCACGUUUGAGCGCAAGGUCGUCGCCCAAAUCCACAAAAACAACCUCAACCGCCAACAAGCCCAGUCACAGGCCCAGCCAACAAGCCAACCAGCAAACCAGCCAGCAAGUCAGCCAGCAAUCCAGCCAGCGACCCAGCCGGAGGCUCCUGAAGCCAAUACCCGCGCUCUGCGAGCCAAGGCGGUCCAGUUCCUGUCCCUGAGCCGGCCAGCAACGGCUGGCGCUUCGACAACCACUACCGGUGUGCCACCCUUGCCCGACUCCGAUAUGCGCUCGGCGCACCAGAUCCGGUCCGAGGCAGUCUCGUUUCUCACUCUGCGACGAGGUCACACGGUCAGCACCGAGGCACCGGCAUCGACCCUGUCGGAUUUGCCCACCGCCUCCCAGCUCCUGGCUACCCAGCUUGCCAGAGGCGAGAGCCCUCCGAGCCGAAGGUCAUCUCGCAAGGACCGCGAGUCUCUCACUGUCCCUCCGGACCGAAACCGAGGCAGUACCCUUGAGCCCAUCACCGAGGCGACGGAGGAGUCGCAGUCGGAAGCCGACAGCGACUCGGAGCGACCGCGUUGCAGCAACAGUGGGUCCAAGUCGUCCGGUCGCCACUCGGGUCGAAGGUCAUCAGGCCCAUCCGAGCCUCUGCCCGAUCCGUUCGGCCAAUCCGGCGAGCGCUUCCUCCUCAAUCGGGAGUCCCACCUGUCGCUUCUCACCCACGUCGCGCGGCCGUCCGCCCACCUCGACGAUCUUUUCGUCAUAUCGCCGCUGUCUCCCACCAAGCGCCCGUGGACGGCCGAGGACCUGGACGGCAUCCCUGGCGAGCUGCAGAUUGCGCCUGUGCUGCACAUGCAGCCGUCGAUUCUCAGCCUAGCAAAGCACCAGCGCCGCAACAGCGAUAGCAGCAUCGUGAUCCACGACACGCUGCAGAGCGGCGACAGCGGAGAUGCCGCCGUAGGCGCCAAGCUCUUCCAAACCUCGCGCAAGGGCCAGGAGAUCCGCUGGUUUCGCUUCUUUUCCGAGUCUGGCGACGCCGUCAAGCGGGGUCUGCGCAAGUCAAGUUCGGGCGACCUCAAAUUCAAAGCCCAGCCGAUGGUGGGGCCCGACGGACAGCCCAUCUUCCCUGUUCGUUCCUCAAGCCGCACGGUUUACUCCAAGAAAGAAGCUCUCGGACCAACCACUGCUUCUGCUGCUGCUUCUGCCGCCACUGCUGCCGCAGCGUCAUCGAGCGCACACAGCCUCCCAAAGGUAUGGCCGUCCCUGGUGGGCAAUCCAAAGCCCUUGUUCACCAACCCGAUUCCGUUCGAUAUCGCUGCCAUCAAUGCUCUCUCCGCGAUGCCCACCAAUGACUCUGAGCCCGCGGGCAACUUCCAGUCUACCAUCGGCCGUCUCUUUGCGACGAUCAAAAAGUCACCGGCCACCAACGCAUCGUCGACGCCGUCCACCACCUCCGGCAAUGCCCUCCGACUCGUCAAGUCGUCCGACACCCUGAUGCAAUCCACGCUUCCCGCGCCUGUCUCAGGGCUGAAUCGCAGCAAUUCGCGGGGCAGCCAUUCGUCCAACCCCAGCUCGACCGCGCCCCCAGAGCCGCCUGUCGAGAUGCCCAAGACUCUGCAACGGGCCAAUGUCGUUCUCGUGAACUCGGGCACGACCCUGCAGCGGGCCAACAGCGGUUCCGGUAGCGGCAGCGCUUCUCGGGUGCUCUCGCCCACGCCUGCACCCAUCGAUCCUGAAGACGCCGCCAGCGGCAACGCAGCAGCGGCUGCAUACCCAGAGGUUGCCAGUUCCAGCUCAGGCUCAGGCUCCGGCUCAGGCUCUGGUUCAGGUAUUGGCGGUGCCGGUCGCGCCGUCGUCAACCAACUCUCGCUCAAGCGCAUCAAGAUGCCGCCCCGGGCUACAUCGGUGUCGCAUUCGGACGAUAAGAAGCUGCUCGCGCUGGCAUUGAUGGUGGCCAACCCGUCUGGACACGGUCCUGCGGAUGCUGCCGCUCCUGGGUCCGAGGGCUACAUCUCCGAUGUGUUUGUGCCUUCAAAGGUACCCGUGCCGCCGCCUAUGCCGGCGCAGCCGGUCCCUGUUCCGGUGCCGAUGCACCCAGGCGCAAGCGCGAGCAUGACGGACGGAGCGUCGGCGCGAGGUAUUGUGGUCGGGGCGCCAUCGCCAGGCCGUUCGUCCAGCCGCCUCGACACCCAGAGCCAGCGCGAGCGCGACCAUGUUCAUUUCAAGGGCAUGGUCUACCAGGUCAAGGGAAAGAAGAACAAGAUCCGCGAGCGACUGCUGCUGCUGUUUGACGACCUCUUCGUCAUCGCCAAGGAGGUCGGCCCCGAGUCGCGGCGAUCCUCACGCACGCUUUCACGCAGCAACAGCGGCAAGAUCAACGUCGAGACGCCCUCCAACGCAGCCUCGGGGUCGUCACAGAGCAAGCCCGGCGAGACUCUGUACCAAGUUGUGGAUCUUAUGGCCCUGGACGACAUCAAGGCCGUCAACUGGCUCAGUUUGGAGCAAGGUUUCAAGCGCGACUCGGUGCUGUCUCUGUCGUCGUUGAAGGAUCCGCUAGGCAUGGGGCUCCUGUGCGAGAUCGACACGCACAUUACGUCGCUGGUGCUGUCCAGCAUGCUCUCGUGCAAGCUCUCGGACAUUGCGCGCUGGCUUCACACCUUUCCGGGAGCAGCAGCUGAUGACAAGGCGCGGUAUCUGCUUGGCCCAAACCGCAUGGAGAUCCUGGGCGCGUUCAUCGGCCUGUAUCCCCUUAAGGGCGUGAGCAUCAGCGAUGCCUUCCGGAUGGUGGUCGAGACUCUGGCGAUCUCACCCGAGGUGAUUGCGCCGCCCUUCAUCUUGAAGUGGAAGCAGGCCAACAAGGACCUGGUCAACUUUGACUUUGGCGAGGCCGUCAAGAUCGUGGUCUCGCUGCUUGACAGCAUGACGCAGCUCCAGCAGCAGCUGGCGCAGACCCCAAGCGACAUUGCCGCCAAGAUGAUCAUCCGGCUUGGUGUCGUGAGCGGAGCCAGCGGCGCACCAAGCAGCGGCGCGCUCGACGCAUCGUGGCCGGCCAAGUCGGCGGGCCCCAGUGAAGGCAUGCUGCCACAUCGGCUCGUCCUGAGAAAGCCGAGCGCGGCCAUAUCCGUAACGAUUCCGAGCGCCGAUCCGGACCUUCAGAUCCAGCUGCGCGGCACCGACCUGGUGUGCGAUCCGCCGACGCUGACCUUCCAGACAAGCAGCCGAGCAACCUUCCGGGUGACGGGCACCAACUUUGGCAAGAAGCUCUUGUUCUUCCAGAAAACCGGACGCAAGCGACUGGCCUACUACGAGAACCCGCUGCCGCUGUGCAUCGAUGUUGAAAGCGAGCUCAUGGAAAACAUCCUGGAGCUGGUUGAAGACGGUAGCGGUGGCAGCAACAGCAACAGUACCAGUGUCAGCCGAGGCAGUGUCGUCGGCAGUCGCAACAGCACGACCGAGAGCCUCUAUAUCCCGUAUGCAGAGUUUGUGACUGCCUACGACGCCAGCUGCGGUGGCCGACUGCCCUUCAAGAGUGACCUCUCGCUCGGACAGUACUCGCAAUCGUCACAAACCAACGCGAGCGAUGCCGCGGGCCGACGGCUGCAGUUCGGCAUCGGCAGCGCCGCCAAGAAAGAAGACCUCGUGCGUGGACUGGAGCGAGCCCGGCGACGCAGGACUGACGAGGCUGAUGCCUCUGGCGGAAGCAGCGAGAGCAACCUGGCCGAAGCACCGCCGCUGCGGGGCGAACGAGGCGUACAGACGCAGAUACGGAUGCGGUACCUGUUGGACCAGGUGUUUAUGCUGGAGCGCAAGGGCAUGACGCUCACCGAGAUUGUCGAUGAGGUGAUCAAGAGCGAGGGCUUCAAGAUCUGA